AAAUCCCUUUCUCCACAUGCGCCCACAAAUGUCCUCUCCUCCUUCUGUUCUCCUCUUCGCUUCUCUCCGCACCUACCCUCUUCCUCUCCUCUCUCUCUCCUCGCCGAUUUCCUCCGCCGACCUUCGUUCGCUGGCUUUAUCUUCUGUCUCCGCUCACGUUAUAAGACCUCUUCUCGUUUCAUCUUCGUAAAUUCUUGUAGAUAGAGGGAAGACUUCCAGAUUUCCGGGCCCAAAUUUGUGGAAGCUCAGUUUUUGGGGGUUCAAUGUGUAAAUUUGACAAACCCUAAUAUGUUGUUUUGGUUCAAAUCAUCUUAAGCUGAAGCGGUGAAAAUAAAAUUUGGAAAGGAUUUCGACAUGAAGCGAUUGAGAUCGAGUGACGAGCUCGAGUCCUAUAAUGAGAAGAGCUCUGCCCAGGAUUUGAAUCCCAGUCGAUCGUCUCGUAGUUUCUAUUACAAAUCUGAUAAUGUACGGAAGGGAUUGUUAUCCACGUCAUCUUCGUCGAGCCGGUAUGAUCGGGAUCGAUCUAUGGAUGAUGAUAGUCGGGACUGCUCCAGGAUGGUAUGGAAGAGGUCGGAUCAUGAUUUCGAUAGCUUUGAUCGGAGAAAAGGGUGUGAUAGGUAUAGUAGUAGAGAAGGGUAUAGUGGAGGUGGAGUGGGUGGUGGCAGUGAUAGAAGUAUUUAUCGUUCCGAGAACUUUUGUGGGUCCCGGAGGGAGUUUCCUAAAGGUUUUAGGUCUGAGAGGGACAGGUCUAGAAGAGAAGGCAGUGUUUCAUCUUGGAGAAGAUUCGGUAGUGGGAGUAAGGAAUUUGAAGAGAGUAGAGGUAGUAGAGGUGGAAAUGAGGAUAGAAUGAGUGCUGCUACUAGGUCUUCUCCUAAGGGAUUGAGGGAUGUGAAGUCGCCCACAUGGUCUAGGGAUUCUGGGAGUGAGCAAAACAGGGUGGUGAGAGGUGGUGUGAGGGAUGAGGGGAAGGGGAGAUCAUCAACUUCAAAGUCGAGGUCAUCACCCACAUGGUCAAAGGAUUCCGGAAGUGAGCAAUCAAAGAGCGUGGAAGCAGGAAAGAAGAGUGAACUGGAUGCCAAGAGCAUAGAUAUGGAGGUGAAGAGUGUUGCUAGUGGGGGCAAGAGUAUUGAAAUGGAGGUGAAGAGUGUUGCUAGUGGGAGUAGUAGUGAAAUGGAAGAAGGGGAGCUUGAGCCAGAGCCUGAAUCAUCUCAUCAAAUUGUCAAGGAAGAAGAAAAUGACAAUGAAAGAGGAGGGCAAGAGAAUGUUUUGUCCAGUUUGUCCAAUGCUGAUCACAGGGAGGUUGAGCCCGAAAGACAGGCAAAGGAUCAAGUGGAGGAGGUAGAAAAGGAACUUGAUAAAGCAAGUGUUUCUGAGGGGGAAAAAGUUGGUGGGACGCGAAAUUGUGAGGAGAAUUUUAAUGAUGAUAGUGUUAGUGAAGAUGAAGUUGGCAAUGUGGACGGUGAUGAAGGGGGUGAGGAGGUUCAGAGUUUGAAGGAACCGAGCGAGUACAAGGAGGAUGAAAGUCAGGAAAUGGUGGUUGAGAAGACUAUAAAUUUGGAAGAGAAACGUAGGCAAGAGAAGGGUAUCGAUCUUGAGGCAAAGGUGGAGGAUGUGGAAGUGCAAGAGUCAAGUAAAGAAGCUAAAGAGGAGAAUGGGGGAGCUGAAGUGGAUACUGGCCUGGUUAUGGAGGGUUCAGGCCAAAAUUUGAAGGAUAAAGGUAAAAGUGUGGCCGUUUCACCAACCCAUGCUACUGAUUCUCCAGAAGAUCGCGCAUGGAUUGAGAUAGAAUCCAGAAAUAUUGCAACUUCCAGGGAUGAAGAUGAUAUGGAAGGGCCAAGUGCUAGGGGAUUUGAGUUGUUCACUAGCUCUCCUGUUAGAAGGGCAGACAAGGCAGAGCAAUCAGGUGUUAGUAAGCCAAAAGAUGAAAAGCUGGUUUUGGAGCCACUUGAUCUUUCUCUUAGCUUGCCAAAUGUUCUGUUACCCAUUGGUGCUGCUAAAGAUGCAUCGCAGGCUCCUGGUUCCCCUAGUCAUGGGAGAAGUAUUCAGUCCUUUAGCACAUUUCGUACAAAUUCAGAUGGGUUUACCGCAUCAAUGUCUUUUUCGGGUUCUCAGUCUUUUUUUCACAAUCCAAGCUGUUCUCUAACGCAGAAUUCACUGGACAUGGACAACUAUGAGCAGUCUGUUCACAGCCGUCCCAUAUUUCAGGGAGUUGAUCAAGCUAUUUGGCAGGGCCAGGCCCAAAACGAUUCUAAGCUUAAAGAUGUUCCCUUAUACCAAAGAGUUUUGAUGAAUGGAAAUGGCUCUUUUCAUCAGUCUCAAGCGUUACCAGGUAUGUCAAAUGGCCACACAUUGCAAGGAAGCUCUAAAACGGCCAAUGGACUGGAAAGGCAGUUGAGUUUUCAUAAGCAGAUGUCAGGAGGACAGUCAAGGAAUCCUGAUGAAAUUAGAUCUCCUUCACACAGUGUUGGAUCUCAUGAUAUUGGUUCAAAUUAUAGCCUUGAGAAGAAACGGGCCAUGAGAGAGAAACAUGGUGGUAGCCUAUAUAGGAGUAAUAGCCAGAAGGAACGAGAACAGCUUUUGAUAGGUGGUGCUGAUUUUGUUGAGACUGUUAUCAGUAGAAUAGUUUCUGAUCCUAUUCAUGUAAUGGCUAGGAAAUUUCAUGAAAUGACAGGACAAUCUGCAUCUCUAGUGAAGGAGAGUAUUCGUGAGAUCAUGUUAAAUGUUGAUAAGCAAGGACAACUAUAUGCAUUUCAGAAUGCUUUGCAUAACAGGUCUGACUUAACCUUGGAUAUGCUACUGAAAUCCCAUCGUUUUCAAUUGGAAAUCUUGGUUGCUCUAAAAACUGGUCUUCGGGAAUAUCUUCAAGUAGACAAUAAUAUUUCAUCUUCUGAUUUGGCGGAGGUUUUCCUGAACUUAAGAUGUAGAAAUCUAGUCUGUCGAAGUCCUUUGCCUGUGGAUGAAUGUGAUUGCAAAGUUUGUGUGAAGAAAAAUGGUUUUUGUAGUGCAUGUAUGUGUCUUGUGUGUUCAAAGUUUGACAUGGCAAAUCAAACAUGUAGUUGGGUUGGGUGUGAUGUUUGUCUCCAUUGGUGCCAUACUGAUUGUGCAUUGCGGGAUUCAUAUAUUAGAAAUGGAAGGAGUGCUGCUGGGGCUCUAGGAUCUACUGAGAUGCAGUUUCACUGUGUUGCUUGUGAUCACCCCUCUGAGAUGUUUGGGUUUGUCAAGGAGGUUUUUCAGAACUUUGCAAAGACAUGGACAGCAGAAAUAUUUUGCAAGGAACUUGAGUACGUGAAGAGAAUUUUUAGUGCUAGCAAGGAUUUAAGAGGGAGGCGGCUGAAUGAAAUUGCCAAUCGUAUGCUAGAAAAAUUGGCAAAUAGGUCUAAUCUUUCCGAGGUUUAUAGUAAUAUCAUGGGCUUCUUGAUCGAAAGUGAGUCUUCCAGUUUUGGCAGUGCUUCUGUGUUACCUGAGAAGGAACGUGGAAAUAGAAGCAAUGGGGGGAUUGCAGGGCGCAGCCAGGAUUCUUCCUGGCUUAAAUCUGUUUAUUCAGAAAAAGCUCCCCAGUCAGAAAGAUCAACUAGCCUGCUUCCUAGCUUUCAUACAGAUUUGAACGAUAAACGUCCUGUGGAGUCUGAGAUAGAGAGAAGUGCUCAGAAAGAACCCAUUUUUGAUGAACUAGAGAGCUUAGUGAGAAUUAAACAAGCAGAAGCUAAAAUGUUUCAAGCACGCGCUGAUGAUGCAAGAAGGGAUGCCGAGGGCCUGAAACGAAUUGCAAUUGCAAAGAAUGAAAAAAUUGAAGAAGAAUAUACAAGUAGAAUCAGAAAACUGCGGUUAGUUGAGGCCGAGGAAAUGCGUAAACAAAAAUAUGAAGAAUUCCAGGCUUUGGAAAGGGCUCAUCGGGAAUACUUCAGUAUGAAGAUGAGGAUGGAAGCAGAUGUCAAAGAUCUGUUGUUGAAAAUGGAAGAUACAAAACAUAACCUUGCCAUGUGAUUUGCUAAUGAACAAGGUUUUGCCUGAGAAAAUGUAAUGGAUCCCAGGUAAAUUUACUCCUUAGAAGCUCAAGUUGUGCGCUGUAAUUUUAAUGUAGCAUUAUUGGCGGCCGUUUGCUUCAGCUUUUAAAUUAUAGCUGUAUCUUUUCACCUAGGUUGUUUUUUAACUUUCUUUUCUUUACUGCUAACCUAAUUUGUACAGAGACUCCAAAAUCUUUGUAUUCUAUGAGCAGCUUCCAUUUGUAGAAGCAAUUUCAAAGAGACA